CGAGCCGUCCUAUUAAUCCUGAGCAGAAAAGUGAAGAAGAUAGUAAUCUACUUAAAAUGGGUAACAGGGAAAUCCACACCAACCAAGUAUUGCUGCACUUUAUGCACGAGUAUGCGAAACGAAUUACUCGUCGGUGGGAACUUAUCCACGCCAAUUCCUUAUCGUUCAACAGCUUCUUCUCCUUUCCUAGGAUUGAAUACGAUGAAAUUCCACAAAAACAAUUUUCCAUGAUGUAAUGCUUGCUGCCAACAUCUUUUGGUUCGAACAAAGGAAACAAAAGCAUGGUCCACGCCACGUUAUAUUAAAUACGACAGAACUCCGUCGUCGUCAGUUGUCAGUAGUCCUUGGGUUCGAGUUUGGAUCGGGAUCCAGCAGUAUCACGGGAUAGAUAGAUAAAUAAAUUAUUUUAAAUAUCAAAAUGAAACCUUUAUUAGUCGCUAUUUUGCUAAUUGCCCACUUGUUAGGGGUGGCAUUUUGCGGGUAUUCAGAGGUGGGCACGUCGGGUGGAGGAGGAGGAGGAGGAGGGUAUCCUGCAUCAAGUGGGGGCAGUAGUAGUGGUGGUGGUGGUGGUGGUGGUGGUGGUGGUGGUGGUGGCGGUGGGUGGGGAUGGCCAGCACAGCCGUCUCAACCGAAGGAACCCAUAAACAGGUUUUAUUCCUUUGACCCCAGUCGGAACCCAAGCAAUGGGAACAAGGGGGGUCAAGGAGGCUGGGGAAGUAGUGGCGGGUCAUCCUCUGGUGGUGGUCAGCAAGGGUCAUCGGGAGGAGGCUGGGGAAGUGGUUCAUCGUCAGGUGGUCAACAAGGGUCGUCAGGAGGAGGGUAUGGCCGUUAUCCUGCCAGCUCUGGGUCUUCUUCUUGGAGUAAUGGGGGUGGCAGCAAUGGUGGGAGCUACGGUGGGAGUGGCGGAAGUUACAGUGGGGGUGGAUACGGUAGCAGCAGUGGGAGUGGAUAUGGCAGCAGUGGCGGGGGUUACAGUGGUGGUGGCGGAGGAUAUUCCAGCAAGGACUACGGAAGUGGUGGAGGUUACAAGGACGCUGGAUGGGGAUCAAAUCAACGACAACCACCCCCAUCACCCGGAGGAGGUGGUGAUCGUUGGCGCACAUCGGAACCACGGUUUCCACCUCCAAAACCGAACCGAGUCGACAAUGGGGGUGGCGGAGGGUGGGGUCAACCAGCACCAACUAGUCCCCCAUACAACAACAAUGGUUGGGGUUCAUCAUCCGGGGGAGGCGGAGGCGGAAGCGGAAGCAAUGGGCGAUAUCCCCCUGAACAGCCCGCUCCCGGCUGGAAUUCUAACUCAAGACCGACGCCACCACCCUACAAGGCCAACAAUGGGUGGGGAUCAGGAGGAGGAUCGAGUAACCCGAGGCCGACGCAGCCACCGUACAAUAACGGGAACAGUGGAUGGGGUUCAGGGGGAGGAUCCAGCAAUCCACGACCUACACCACCACCCUACAACAAUAAUGGAUGGGGCUCAAACCAAAAUGCACCACCACCACCCCCUCAACAAGGCGGAGGCGGAUGGAGCCAACAAGGUAGUGGUGGUGGAUAUGGGUCAUCGUCUGGGUCUUCCUGGGGCAGCAGUGAUAUUGAGAAAGGAGGUCGUUAUUAGAAGAGGUCGGAGCAGUCCCCCCUCUGCCAAAGACCAAUCCUCAAUUACCUAAAGUGGGCAGUACAACCUUGUCUUCCUAUCUUAUCCCCGUCCAAAAAUAGGAUAAGUAAUGUAACUCUAAAGUUAUUUUGCACUCUGCACUGCACAUUUUAAAUUCUUGACCCAAUUUUAUUACUUUUCAGUUUUACAAAUAUUUUUGUUUGUCCACGUGUCAUAUUAAAUGACGUAUAGAUAAUAAAAGCAUGACAUGGAGCAAAUUCUGCCUAUGAAA